AAACUUUUCAAAGCGUGUGGCCCCUGGCAACGGACCAGUCCAUUGUGAAAGGUGAUUAGAGGACUUGGUGGCUGUUCAAGAAAUCCUUAAGACUGGAUAAGAUAUAACAGUGAUAUGUGACUUUCUUGAUUUCGGUUAAAAUAGAUUUGUUAGAGCAAAACUAGAUUUGUGACAGAGGUUUGUUGACAUUAUUCAUUGUUUGAAGAAGCCUCAGUGAGAAGACUAAAAUUAUGAUUGUUCAUAAGCCAUAAGCCCAAUGUGUGACGUCUUAUGCUCAUAAGUUUAACUUAACUUUAUAGUUUAAGUUUGAAGUUUAUGAAGGUUUGGGUUUCAACUUUUUGUAAGGAUAAUAUUUAUUUUCUUUGAGCGCUCUGAUUGACUGCAUGCACUCCUCUCACUUUAAACAUAUUUCUUGGGGGGGGGGGGGGGGCCUUGCUCUUUAGUUUUUGGAAGGAAGAAAUUUUUUGAAAACCCUUAAAAUGUUUUUUAAAACGCUUUUUUUUUUGGUUUAAACUUUGACCCCGUUUUAAUUUUUGCCCCCAGUCCUUUCUCAAAAUGGAAAUGUGGGCCUAAAAAAAGGGGUUGGUCCCCCCCCCGGGUGUUAAGGAAAAAAGAAAGGUUUAAGGGUUUUUUUUUUUUUUUUUUUUUUUUUUUUUUCAAAGACAUAAAUUCACCAUGAACUAGAUAUUAACUGAUAUCAGAUUCGUGUUUAAGGGAAAAAGGGGGAGGGGGGGUGCCUUUUGGUCCUAAUUAUGAUUGAUGUUUAUUCUUUUAAAAAAUUUAGAUAAUUAAACUAUGACGUUAAAAUAAGUGAGUCCAAAAUGGUUUGGGGUAGGGGGGGGGGGUCGUCCACAGCCACUCAGCCACGACAACAGAGCCUAACCAAUUUCCCUGCCAUAGGGGUACACAUCACGACCAUAGUGUGUAUCGGUAUGGUACACAUUUUAUUUACAAGUCACUGCAACAGUGUGUACACAGUUACACAGUCGCACAGUCACGAUGUCAGACAUCAGACAACAGACAUCAGCGUUUGUGGUAUUAUGUUAAAAGGAGACUCAUGUUCGUAAGAUGUAUCAGUGAAAUCUAAAAAAAAAAAAAUCGCAAACUUCAAAAAUUGUUUUAAAUAAUGUGCUGAGAUACAAGAGCUUGAGAUCCCUUGCUGGGAUCAGCUGUAUAGAAAUGUACUGGAAUACACGAGGUUGAUAUCUCUCGCUAGGACUAAGUCUAUAUAAAUGUAAAGAAAAGGUCACUCUGUAGCUCCCUUCCACUCACUGCGCUUUUAUUUCAAGGGUCUCAAACAUCUAAAACUGAAAUAUGUUAGCUGAGAAAUUUCGAAAAUGGGAAUCAAGCGCAGUAUAUCUAGGGCCUAUACGUGCCAUAUACCAAUGAACCAUCCACCCCCACCCCAAGUUUCUAUAUGUAGGGCGCCCUUACACCGUAUUCAUGCAUUAAAAUGGUAAGUUGUUGUUUUUUUUCCAGUUUUAUAGAACAUAUUUGGGGAUGUAAAAAAAAGUAAUAACAACUAUGGGUGUAUGUUACAUACUCAAAAUGAUUUGUUCUUUUUCAAGAUGGCCGACGAAAGAGACGAACAAGAGGAAGAGCAGCCAAAGAGAAACACUCCAAAUAAAAAAUCUCCAAAGAAAGAGUCCGGGAAAAAACGCGAGGACGACAGUAGACAGAAAAAGAGUUAUCCUCUCUCAGCCACAGUGAAGGGGCGGGAGAACAAAAUCUACAGAACCCCCGCUACCCCUCCACCGGAUGUCCAGUUGUUCAAAGAGAAAUCAUUCGUGCUGGAUUGCAACGCGACCAGCAGCAUAUGUCAGGACUACUGCCGCGUCAAUCCCAAACUGGGGAGAGUGAUACCCCCUUACAACGCCCUGAGAGAUAAGCACGUUGAUAAUUAUUUCAAAUGUUAUGGUGUGAACAGAACACUAAGGAAAAACAAUCAGGUAAUUUUAAGUCAAUGUUUAAUUUACUGAGGUCUCAUGGCAUUUGGAACACCAAUAUUGAAAGAGGAUUGCCGGUCAUUCGUGGUUUGGUCUAUUCAGCAAAGAUUAACCACUUUGCCCUUUUUAACUAAAUUCGAGAUAUUUUUCUUCUUUUAUAUCUUAAGGGCUCGCGAUCAAUGUAUUGAUCAUUCUGGCUCCUAUUUAUGUAGAGGGGAUUCACGAUGUUUCCAUGCCUGGUACUGAAGAGGAUAUUUCACUGGCUGCAAGGGAUACUUUGUGAGGGUAUCAUGAACUGGGGGGUUGGAAGACCUGAGGAUGUAGACACAAUUGUGUUCAUCAACCCCAUUGGGGUUGCUAGGUUGCUAGGAUUUUCCGAAGUGGGUGGUGGAGGUCGACGACCGAGCCGCUGAAGGCGUUGAGUGGGGGGGGGGGGGACUAAUAUCGAGUGAAAAGGGGGGGGGGGGCUGAGUGGGCCCCUCUUCAGAAAUGUGUUGCUAAAUUAAUAUGUAGGAAUGCAUUUUAGCGCAAUUUAAUUUUUUUUUUUGGUCAUCAUUCUAAACUUUAUCGGAGAACAACAGUUGUGAUGGUAGCGGAAAUGAUUGUGCUCGAGGUAAAAAUUAAUCAACUUUCAAUACCCUUAUAAUGCAUUUCACUUAAAGAUGGUAAUAAUAAGAGGAUAUUAUCUGACACGUCAUUUAGAAUGGGCACUAUUUGGCUAUAUGUGGAUUUUAUUAUUUGUUCAAGUCCAGAUUAUUUUGUACAUGUGGUGCCUCUGUUCUCCCGAUGACCUAAGCCCUUGUUUAUUUUCCUAAAUUAUUAAUCCUGGCCUACCUCCCGCGCUGUUAGGAUUAAAUCUCCUCUGUGUUCAUUCAUUAUUUCACCACUUAAUUGUGAGUUCAUCUCUACAAAUGUGACGUGAUGGGAAUACCCGCUGCAGCAGUUUAAGGACUAUCGAUUACUUGAUCGAUUCAGAAGUCAAAAUAAACAAUGUCUCAGGUAUGUCAAGUGCUGGAUUUAUAACGGAGCCGUAGAGAAUUACCUUUACAUUAUUGACUCCAGAUCCUGGAAGGAUUCCAAUGGAGGCGAUCUAAUAGAAGGCAUGGGAAAAAAAGGGGGUGGGGGGGCUAUGGCUGUGUUUGUUUUUGACCAUGCAGGGAGCCUUUGUGAUGGCGUAUGUUGAUUAAGAGUAUGUUGAUUUAGGGUGUGUUGAAUAAGGGUAUCUUCAUUAAGGGUACGUUGAUAUAGUGUAAGUAAAUACAUUUCAUAUUGACAAAACGUUUCUCAGUAGCGAGGGUGUCUUAUAAAAACUGUCAAAAUUGAGUGGUCGAAAUCUUAAACUUCUUUUAUUUCAAUUUGUUUAUUUGGGUUUAAAAGUAGGUCAUCAAGUUGACAUGGAAUAAAAUAAAACUACACGAAAUUCAACUAUAAUGUCGACUUUAAUGUCAUCUAUAAUGUCAACUGUGAUGUCAAAUUUAAUGUCAACUAUGAUGUCAACUACGAUGUCAACUAUGAUGUCAACUACGAUGUCAACUAUGAUGUCAACUACGAUGUCAACUAUGAUGUCAACUGUAAUGUCAUCGAUAAUAUCAACUAACAGAUCUACUAAUAAGAAGCAAACAAAAUAGUUUCUAGUGCUGGUUUAAUGUAAGCCUUUGAAAGGAGUUCCUCAGUUGUACUGUUUAUGCUGAGGCGUAAUGCUGUUGGCCAGUGGGUUUUUUUUUUUGUGUGCUGUGGUGCAAUGCUGUUGGUCAGUUGUGCUGUGGUGUAAUGGUGUUAAUUUCACAGGCACCUUUGAAUGCUGUUAGUUUUAAAUAUAUGUUUAUUUUUUUCACGCCAGGUCAUUGUGUACACAUUCGGUGCAUAAUAAAUAUCGAUUGCUUGGCAAAGUCCUAUCUUCAGUGUGCAUUCAUUAAAUAUUUAUUCCAGAUCUAAGACAGACCCAGGCAGGGGAUCCGAGGCAAGGUUCAAUUAUACAAAUCAAUCGAUAAAAUAGCAUUGAUAAUAAAGGUCUCGGUUUCCUUUGCUGUGUUCGAACGUAUUCACCUGUUUCCCGUAGCUGUGACCGCGACAAUAAAGGGGAGGUAAUCAGUAGUAGAGUCACCGUAAAGGCUGAUAAUCCCACAUGAACAAGUUGUGUUCAUUUCUUUAGUCUGGCGUGAACUAGUCACUGGAGCCACAAGACGGUCCGUUAGUUUCUUGUGGAGGUGCAGGUUGUAGAUGCCGAGUUCCAUCCAUUUUAUUCCAGCUGCGUUGCGCGCCUAUCAAGCCAAACAAAGUGUGACGUAAUUCUAGAUCAUCACUGAAUAACUGGAAGGACCAAGAGUUCCCUUUGAGAUGGAAUAAUGCAAAUAUAUUAUUUCAUAAACACCGACCAUAACUCGGAUUUCAACUCAGACAAAAAUAAUAACAUAUAAAAUUAAAAGUGUAAAGACAAUGCAAAUAUAUGGCUCAAGCCAUUAACUUCUUCCGAGUAACAUAUAAAGUAUUCCACUGUAACACACAACAGAUUAUGUCAUUGGGUCAUACUUUAUAAGCCAUUCCACGAGCUAUUUCAAGUGCAUGUUUACCAUUAUUUAUCUCACACAAUCACAAGCAUCAAAACACAAUCAAACAUUAAACUCAUUGACACACUUAUUGAAAUAAACCAAUGUCAUGUCAUUACCAUAGCAGCUGCAUCCAUCUAUCCAUCCCUGUGGCACUACAGCCCAAGUGGGGCUUUCGCCUGCCUCACCACUUCCUUCCACUCAGACCAUCCAUCUAUCCCGGUGGGCUACGGCCCAUGUAGGGCUUUGGCCCGCUUCACCACUUCCUUCCACUCAGACCACCCAUCCCUGUGGCGCUACAGCCCAUGUAAGGCUUUGGCCUGCCUCACCACUUCCUUCCACUCAGACCAUCCAUCCCUGUGGCGCUACAGCCCAUGUAGGGCUUUGGCCCGCUUCACCACUUCCUUCCACUCAGACCAUCCAUCCCUGUGGCGCUACAGCCCAUGUAAGGCUUUGGCCUGCCACACCACUUCCUUCCACUCAGACUUAACUCAUGCUUUUCUUUUCCAUGCUUGUAUUCCGAGCUGUUGUAGAGCCUUCUCCCCAUCAUCCACCAAUCUCAGCCCAGGUCUGCCUUCGCGCCGUUUUCCUCUGGGGUUUUUCUAAGCGUCCUAAUUAGCCCCACAUCCACUUAUAAACGCAUAUCCUUGUAUUAACAGAGCACCACCACAUCUAAUAAUAAACACAAGUUCUGUCAUUACCAUAUCAUCACCACACCCACUAAUAGACCAUUACCAGAUCCUCACCACAUCUAAUAAUAAACACAAGUUCUGUCAUUACCAUAUCAGCACCACUUCCACUAAUAAACCCAUUUCCUGUCAUUACCAUAUCAGCACCACAUCCACUAAUAGACCAUUACCAGAUCCUCACCACAUCCUCUAAUAAACCAAUUUCCUGUCAUUACCAGAGCAGCACCUCCUCCUCUAUUGAGGGCCCGGCCGUAGACCGGUUUUAUGAGCAGGGACCCGGGUACAGCUACCUGUCAUUUAGAAAUCAGUUCGGUGCUGGUAAGUAAUAAUUCACCAUUAGCCAUAUGUGUAAAAUAUCCAUUUAAAUCUCUUUGGAUUAUGCAAAAACAAUCAUUCCAAUGAAUGUAUGUCAUUCAACUUUUUAACUAAGUAAAUGAUAUGCGUAGGUGCACUAAUAAUUCCGAUACAGUUAGCAGCUAGACACGAUAAGCAACGAUUUCUCAGAUGGCUCUCUUGGUCCCAUGAUGACGUUCUAAGGGAUGCGCCAAACUUCUGGUCACUACCUAGCUGUAUCCAGGUUUAGAUUGAGAGCAACGCAUUCACCAGGCUCCCGCUGACACCUGUCUGCACGCAUCUCGACAUAGGACUCCUACCAUAAAGCCAGUGUAGACUCCGGAGAGAACAUGGGACCAUUGACAAGAUGAUGUUAACGGUCAAAGGGCUAAAAAAUGCCAAUCGUUAUAUUUCAAUCUUUUUUCACCUUAUGUGUACCAGACUGAAGCCUGCUAUAUCAUGAUUAAAUCCAGUCUCGGACCAAAGCCUUCUAUACUUACUUACGUAUGCUUGUUAUCCCGUCUGGGGCAUAGGCCAUCCACAAGAAUUUCCAUUCAUCUCGUUCAUGUGCUUUCCAGUUGUUUACAAGUGUAUCCCAUAUUUUGGGUGUGUGCCUGUGGUGUGUUCCUGUAGCAAACGUCUCCUUGUAUUUGGCCUUCCUCUCUUUAUUUUUGACCCUGUUGAUUCCAUGUUAAGCAUUUUCUGGUGAUGCUAUCUGGGGUUUAUCGAAGAGUGUGCCCUAUCCACCUCUAUCUUUUCCUUAUGAUGUCUUCAUCAAUAGGCUCCUGUAUGUCCUUUCCCUUAUAUCUUUGUUGGUGAUGGUAUUUGGCCAUUUGAUGUUCAGGAUCUCUCUAAGGCAAGUAUUUAAAAAAGGUGUGUACCUUCUAUAUAAUGAUUGAAUGCAGACUCAGAAUCCGAUAUUCAACGGAGUGUUGAUAACUACCCGAAUGCCUUUAAAAAGAAACGAAACAAAAAAUGGGGGUCCAGCGCCUUGUAUAUAAAAAAAGAUAGAGGUCUUGCACCAUUUAUAUGGAAAUACUUUGGUCUUGCCCCAUCAAUUUCAGAUGAAAAUGAUCAAUCAUGUCUGAGCACUCAGUCGAAACUAAACGUCUAAAUUCAUGCGAAUCUUUGAUAUUUCUCAUUUAGCUCUUGGAUACUACUAGUUACUAGAUCAAAAUUCCAUAUUUGGUGCUUUACUGUGACACGAUGCCCGACCUCUGAACCAAACAAAAAAACGUGUUUAAGAAAAGCACAUUCUCCGGUCAUGAUGACAUUGUCCGGUCAUGAUGACAUUGUCCGGUCAUGAUGACAUUGUCCGGUCAUGAUGACAUUGUCCGGUCAUGAUGACAUUGUCCGGUCAUGAUGACAUUGUUGAUGUUUUUUUUUUUUUGUUUUGCGUUUCCUCAACAGGUCACUCCCAGGAGACGAUUGAUGGCCACGCCCAGUUUAUGUCAGGCAUCAGGUGUGUGACGGGAUACAACGGCAGGUUCGGCUUCCGACGUAACACGCCUAACCUGAGGAACAGGCCCACGCCCUUCGAGCCCGCCCUCAUCACACCAACAUUUUGAACAUUCGAUAGGAAAUAAACAACAUUGCUACUAUACUUCUGCUACCUGUGUCCUACCAACCCCUCACAACAACGUUACUACUUUAUUUGUGCUACCUGUGUCCUAGCAACCCUUCACAACAACGUUACUACUUUAUUUCUGCUACAUGUGUCCUAGCAACCCUUCACAACAACAUUGCUACUUUAUUUGUGCUACCUGUGUCCUACCAACCACUCACAACAACGUUACUACUUUAUUUGUGCUACCUGUGUCCUAGCAACCCUUCACAACAACAUUGCUACUUUAUUUGUACUACCUGUGUCCUAGCAACCCUUCACAACAACAUUGCUACUUUAUUUCUGCUACCUGUGUCCUACCAACCCCUCACAACAACAUUACUAUUAUUUUUAUGCUACAUGUGUCCUAGCUACCCUUCACAACAACAUUACUACUGCAUUUCUGCUACUUGUGUCCUAGCAAUCCGUCACAACCAUAUUACUACUAGGCCCAUAUUUAUGAUAUACUUGUGUCCUAGCAACCCUUCAUAACAGAUCACAAUUUAGAAAUCAGGCUUUGUUAUAUUUAAAAUAAACACUGUAAUAACUUUUGAUAUUGACUUUGUACUGAAAUAUGUCGGACUUGUGAAGAUCAAGACUUUUUAAGAUCAAGACUUGUAUUUACAGGAACCAAUUUAUUUCAUCGUUGUUUUAGAUUCUAAUAAAUAUUUAAAAUAAUAUCUGUCUUAAUCUCGCGUGAAGUCUCGUACCGAGAUCAAUGACGUCAGUGGAUGAUUCUAUUUAUGGGCUUGACCCCGGAAAGUGGGGUGGGGAUUGGAGAUUCAUAGACCCUACAUUAAAAUUAUUAAUAUAUACGUAUAGAUUCUGUGCUGAACACUACAAUUAUAUAUACACGUCUCUGAAUUUGUAUAUGGAAACAAAAACAAUACGGCCCACAACAGUAUUAUUAUGAUAAUUAUUUUAUUUUCUCUUUGAUAAACUUCAUCAGUAUUAUUUAAAUUAAGUUUAACUCCAUUCUGUCUUUUUGGCCAUAUUGCCGGUACCUUUAGGUUUAUGUAAUGUUCGUACAUAUAGGUUGACCUGGUGACCCUUCCAAUGCUUUUAGUUUAUAUCAGUUAACCCAUGCAUGAUUCAAUUAUAUAUCAUCCUUUAUUUCAUAAUAUCAGCUGGAUGAAAUUAAAACAGCAUGAUUGCUGCUGAAGAAUGUGGUCAAAUUUGUUUUGUCGUGAAAUGUAGAUUAAACAUCAUUACUGCUCUCUGA